AUGCAACAAUUAUUAUUCAAGGAGGACAGCACAAUACCUCAAGUGCUGUCAAACCCAUUCAGCUCUGUCACCACACUUCUAGGCUGGUUUCGCAACAACAGGAGGGAUCCAAGUGGACAUGAACUUACAUAUCUAGAAUAUCCAAAGUCUUACAAAUGGGACAAGUCAUCUAAAUCCUGGGAGCCUAGGGUUGAUGACUCCUCAAAGGUGCUUGGCCGACUUGUCUUUGUUCAUCCAACAUCUGGCGAGUUAUUUUACCUACGAAUGCUACUCUGUCACCAAAAGGGUUGCACAUCUUUUGAAGACCUGCGGACCGUUUCUGGCACCAUUUAUCCUACGUAUAGGGCUGCAUGCAAUGCAUUAAAAUUGAUUGGUGAUGAUACGGAAUGGUUAUCUGCAUUCACAGAGGCAUCAAUAUGGGCGACCUCUGCACAACUUCGUUCCCUUUUCUGUCAACUAUUGCUUUUUUGCGAAGUUAGCAGUCCACAAUUGCUUUGGGAAUGCGCAUGCGAUAAGAUGAAAGAUGACUACCUAUAUUCCAUAAAAAGAGAAAUGCCAGAUAGGGGACUUAAUUCUGUUACACACAUAGUACAUCAGCAACUGCUCAGCGAUCUCGAUCACACCUUACGCUCUUCCGUACCACCUAAGUCAAUGGCGGCAUUUGGUCUUCCAGUCCCUUCAAAUGAUAUACAUGGUAUUUUGCAGAAUCGUCUUCUACUUGAAGAAAUGAGUUACGACAAAGAAGCUCUACAAAGAGAACAUGAUAAUAUGCUGCCAAUGCUAAAUUCUGAACAGUUGUCAGUUUACAAUUUUGUCAUCUCUUCAAUUGAAAACAAUGAACAAAUACUGGUCUUUGUAUAUGGACAUGGGGGUACUGGAAAAACCUUCCUUUGGAGAACAAUUAUCUCCCAUAUUAGAUCCAAAGGGAAAAUUGUGCUGGCCGUUGCUGCUUCUGGAAUCGCGUCCCUUUUAUUACCUUCUGGGAAAACGGCGCAUUCAAGGUUCAAAAUUCCUAUUGACCUAACAGAUAAGAAAUCAUGUGACAUAAAAAAGAGAACAUCCCUUGCCGAUCUUUUACAGCGUACAUCACUCAUCAUUUGGGAUGAGGCACCAAUGAGUGACAGAAGAUGCUUUGAGUUUCUUGACCGCUCUCUUAGAGAUGUCUUAGAUUGUAAUGAAAAGUUGUUUGGAGGCAUAUCAGUUCUACUAGGUGGUGAUUUCCGACAAACCCUCCCAGUCCUACCAAGAUCAACACGUUGGGAAAUCAUAGCCUCAACACUUCCAUGUUCAUACCUGUGGCGGUCUUUCACUGUUCACAUCCUACACACGAACAUGAGAGUUAAUUCUUCUGAAAGACCCACCGGUUGUUCAAUGUCCACGUCGGCUUUCACAGGUUGGUUGCUUCGUAUUGGAAAUGGACAGAUGGGGAUGCCUGACAAUGACGACCCUCGGGACACAAGUUGGUUAGAAAUCCCUGACUCUCUUCUAAUAAAACCCGGAAAUGACUCCCUAAAUUCAUUAAUAAAUUUUGUAUAUGGAGAUGGUGUCCUUAAUAAUCCGACUGCGGUUGACCUUUCGGCAAGAGCUAUAGUUACGCCGACAAAUGAUGUUGCAGACAACAUAAAUACAACGGUUUUGGGGAUGGUGUCAUCGGAGGAGAGAACCUAUAAGAGUAUAGACAUUAUCCAACCAAUAGGCAAGCAUACAUCGGAUUUUGAGGGCCUGUAUCCAACCGAAUACCUAAACCAACUCAAUUUCCCUGGAAUACCACCUCACGAACUUACACUAAAACUCCAUUGUCCCAUAAUGUUGCUAAGAAACAUAAACCAAAGAGAGGGUUCAUGUAGUGGUACACGACUUAUAGUGUCACAGUUGCUAACAAACAUAAUUGAAGCAACAAUCAUGACUGGCACCUUCAUUGGCAAGCGCGUUUACAUCCCCCGUAUAAAGUUUAUACAUAAGUCAACAGAUAUGCCAUUUACUUUCUCACGAAAACAAUUUCCACUGAAAGUCUGCUACGUGAUGACUAUCAACAAAAGCCAAGGACAGUCACUACGUAGAAUUGGUGUAUAUUUAGCACAACCUGUUUUCUCACACGGUCAACUCUAUGUUGCCCUUAUGCUUGCAGCAUAUCCUACAUUUAUAUCCGAACAUGACACUCAUUUUGAUAUGUUUAUUCGACAUACAAAAUACAGCCGACCAAUGAGUAGCAUUUCUGAGCUAAAGACGGAUGGUAUUGGAGGCCCAUUACAAGUUAGAAUAGUACGUAAAUGGAGACACCACGUAAGGCGCUAUGAAACCUGGUAUCUGGUUGUCGACAGAUUUAUUCUUGGUCAACGAACUAACCAGAGCUACAUCGAAUCUGUUCUCAACCUUUCGCACUGCUAUACCAUCUCGGAUUAUAGCUGCCCCAUGUUAGACAAGUAUCAGAAAUUCCUACAAAAUGACUUUUAUAUUGAUGUCGGCCUUAUGUCUGUGAUAGAACAGAUUCCGGACACACUGACAAUACCGAAAAACUGGUUUCACUUUCUCUCAAAGCGACAACUCAUAGACCUUGGAGACACACCAUCUUAUUACCCAGACUACAUUGGUGUCCUCUCAAAAAUCAGAGACUGCGUGAAAGUGGGUGGUGAGUCAUAUGUAUUGCUGAUUUUAACUGAUGAAAGUGGUAGUGAACUCGCGAUCAAUUUAUGGAAAGAGUGCAUAACCAAUCCACAGAAAUUCGAUCGCAACUCCUUGCAGCCACCGCCAGCAACAACAGUUGUCGUUGUCACCAACUUAAAGCCUUCCAUAUCUAACGGGGCUCUGCGUCACGGUUCAUCACAUGCUACCCAUGUCUAUGUCAACCCGGACAUACCAGAAACAACAUCACUUAUAAACCUGUAA